CACGCGUCUGGAGUCUCGAGGGAUCUGAACGCGUCUGACGCAGCGAUGAAGGAGAAGACGGCGGCGAGGACGCGGCGCGAGAUGGAGAACCGCGAGUUUGACGCGCUCGCCCGUAUGUUGCCGUUACCGUCGGCCAUCACGUGUCAGCUGGACAAAGCGUCCAUCAUCCGACUGACCAGCAGUUACCUGAAGAUGCGACAGGUGCUCCCGCGAGGUUUGGGGGAGGUUUGGGGUCAAAGCAGAUCUUUAGAAAACACAAACCUUGAGCUCGGAUCGCAUUUACUGCAGACGUUAGACGGCUUUAUAUUCGUGGUGGCUUGCGAUGGGAAGAUCAUGUACAUCUCAGAGACGGCGUCGGUUCACCUGGGUCUUUCACAGGUAGAGCUGACCGGGAACAGUAUUUAUGAGUACGUCCAUCCGGCGGAUCACGACGAGAUGAGCGCGGUCCUGACGCCUCAGCCCUCGCUCCACUCACAGCUCAUCCACGACCAUGAAGCGGAGCGCUCGUUCUUCUUGAGAAUGAAGUGUGUUUUGGCCAAACGUAACGCCGGACUGACGAGCGGAGGAUAUAAGGUCAUCCACUGCAGUGGCUAUCUGAAGACGUCUGCGCUGGACUGCUAUCAGAACGUGGACUGCACUCUGGGAUACUUGGGUCUGGUGGCGGUGGGACACACUUUACCUCCCAGCGCCGUCACCGAGAUCAAGCUUCACAACAACAUGUUCAUGUUCAGAGCCAGUCUAGACAUGAAGCUCAUCUUCCUGGACUCCAGGGUUUCAGAGCUGACAGGAUAUGAACCACAGGACCUGAUUGAGAAGACCCUGUAUCAUCACAUGCACAGCUGUGACAGCUUUCACCUGCGCUGCGCUCAUCAGCUCCUGCUGGUCAAGGGUCAGGUGACCACUAAAUAUUACCGCUUCCUGUCCAAACAUGGCGGCUGGGUUUGGGUGCAGAGUUACGCUACGAUUGUUCACAACAUCCGCUCGUCUCGUCCGCACUGCAUCGUCAGCGUCAACUACGUCCUCACGGACACAGAGUAUAAAGGCAUGGUGCUGUCUCUGGACCAGCCGAAGCCCAGCAGACCUGUGUUCCUCUACAGAGAGCGCCAUGAGCCCGAGGAUGACCCUCCAGCGUCCCGCAGCGGGACGAAGAGCCAGCCUUCUUCUUACUCUCAGCAGUUCUCAUCGUUCCAACCCGAGCGCUCAGAUUCCGACCGCGACAGCCAAUGGGGAAGCAGCCCUCUGACAGACUCCGCCUCCCCGCAGCGACUGGAUCACAGUGACACGUCAGAAGCGGUGUGUGGCUCGCAGUGUCACGCUCAAACACACACACAGCGGUGUGAUCAGAGAGAGAGAGAGGGAUGGUGGGACGCCGCACGACCUGAAGCUCCUCGACACAACGGAGGAACGUACCUUCAUACUCACGCUCGUUGGGACGACAGUUCUCCGGGCUCAACGGGCGAUUCGGGAGGAGGCUGCCAUGGCAACAGGGCGUUUCGCGUGAGCCCGCGGGAAUCCGAGAGCCUGAUAGAAGCCAAACCGGAGCCGAUUAAAGGGAAGGACGUCCGCAUGAGCGAUUACUUCUCCUCCGUCUGCCGAGGGACGCCGGGGACCCGCCUCAUCCUGUGCCGGGACGACAUGGACGGGAGUCCGGUGUCACUGUCCGGUCUGAGCAGUCCCGGGUCGGACAGCCUGUCCCGCAGCCCGCUGCUGUUCUCCACCGGGGACAGAGUGCGCAGAUUACCCGCUCAUUAUGAGUUUGAGACCAGCGCCGCGCACACCGGCACAUCAGUCAUCAUCACCAACCGAAGCUGACCGCUGCUUUACGAGCCUGCACAUCUGGGGAAAAUAGCAUGCAAACAUGGAAAGAUGACAGCGUUCUUAUGUUGCUAUUCAUACAAGCAUCUCAACAGAUUCAUGUUUUGCAUGCAGAAGCAUGUUUUUUUUUUUUUUUGUGCACUAUGGCAUUUAAAAAAAAACUUUCAUUUGGACGUAAAUCAAUAAGAUUUUGCAGUAUUGGCUGUACUGCUCUUAAGAAGAAAAACGAAAAAUGCAUGACUUGCAAAUUGUUUGCAUGGUGGCAUUGUUAUCAUGUCAGUUCACCUUAGUUUUUAUUAUUUUAAUGCAAAAUCAGUUAUAUUUACAGAAUGGAUUUUAAAUUAAGAAUGCAUGAAGCACAUUAGUUGUUUUGUUUGCACUUUGACAUUAUUUUCACAUCACUUCACCCCAGUUCUCAUUAGUUUAAUGCAAAAUCAAUUAGAUUUUGCAUGUAUUUAGAGAUUGCAGUUGCAUUGGUUGGACUGAAUUCAAUUAGUUGAUUUUCUUGUUUUAUUUUUUAUUUCUAAAUCUAUUAUUUACAGUAAUCUGAAGCUAAAAAAAAGAAUGCAUGAAGAAUUUUUUUUUUGUCAUUAGUGCAUGACUUUAUUUUCAUGUCAUUUCAACCCAAUUCUCUUUGUU